AUGUAUCGGUUCUCACAUAAAGUAAAUAAACGACGCCGUAAUCGGGAGAUGAAGCGUCAGUCUAUUUAUCAAUUAAUUGCUCGACAUAUUAGCUCUUCGAAUGACAACUUGGAUGAUGGUCACAAUGAAUACUGCCUACAAGAACAAAAUAUAAAUCAGGAAAGACUUGAAUCAACAUUUGACAAGAAGAAUGAUGAGAAUUAUAUUUCACCUGCAUCACAGAAAGUUUAUGUUGAAGAUGAUAAUGAAUGGCAUGAUGAUGAUGACCAACAUGAGGAUGAUUCUCGCUUAUUGUACAAUGGUUCCUCAAUUACUGUUAGCAGUGCUAUUCGUCUUAUUAGUAAGUUUUAUUUAAACAUCAAUUUAGAUAAACAGAAAAUCAAUGGUCUUCUUCGUCUGAUUAAAUCUUUAUUACCAAAACCAAAUCUUUUACCUUCUACGUGGAAAACUGUGAACAAAGCACUUCGAAAUUUUACACCUAGUUUAACAACUUAUCUUUGUACUGAUUGUUAUAAAUCAUGUGAUAUUAAUACUAAUCGCUUCAAGUUUUGUGUUAAUUUAAAUUGCAAAACUUCUUUUAGACAACGACGCAGUCAUGAACUUAUUGAAAUUGUUCGAUUUGAUAUUCGAAGUCAGAUACAAGCGAUUAUGUGUCGAAACUUUGAUGUUCUAAACAAAUCUCAUCUUUUUCCACUAAGUGACAUUUGUUUUGGUGAAUGGUAUCAGCAACAAUCGGAUAUAAAUGCCAACAAAAUUACAUUAUUAGUUCAUACCGAUGGUGCUCCUCUCAUUCGUUCGUCAAAACAAUCAAUAUGGCCAUGCUUUGCAUCUAUCACAGAACUUCCUCCACCAAUAAGAGAAUUCCAAUCAAACAUCAUUAUACUAGCUUUAUGGUUAUCGAAAAUGAAACCAAAUGUUAAUAGAUUUUUAGAUCAAACAAUAAAUGAUUUAUGA